AUGGCCUCCGCUAAAAACAGAGGAAAUGAAGUCCUGGCUAAACUUCUCAUGAAGCAAGAACUCGUGAAGAAACUCGCAGCUUCGCAGAAGGACAAGCCUAGUAGCGAAGUCCCAGAAAAGCGCAGCUCAGGAGUUGUGUUACAGAAGAGCAGCAGUGCUGCCCGUCCCGGUGCCGGAGUCAUGCAACACCACAAAGACCAAACAAACAAAGUCGCCCCCAAGAAGAAAGACACCCUCUACUGUAUCUGCAAGCGACCAUACGAUCACACUCGAUUCUACAUCGGGUGCGAUGUGUGCAGCAACUGGUUCCACGGCAAGUGUGUGGCCAUCUCACCGAGUAUGGCACGCAACAUGUCUGGUUACACGUGCGCUGAGUGUAAAGUGAAGACAACCAGCACCACCACCAGCUCAACAUCAGCCACCACCUCCGCUGCCACCCUACCCAGCAAGCAAGAACCUGCAGCUGAGCCGGAAGGGGAUUUGUUCUGCAUCUGCAGGACGCCCUACAAUCAGUACAGCUUCUACAUCGGGUGUGAUUCGUGCCAGGAGUGGUACCAUGGCACGUGUGUGGGGAUCAGUGAGAUGGAGGCAGAGAAGAUUGAGGUGUACAUAUGUGAUAGGUGUAAGCAGCAACAAGGACGAGAAGAGCCGAAGUUAACGCACAUCCAGAUAGCAGGCCUCAUAAAGAUCCUGCGGGAGCUGCAGAUGCACAAGAUGUCAUGGCCCUUCAGGGAGCCUGGCAAGUCCGACUCUGAGACUGAUGUGAUCAAAGAACCCAUGGAUCUGAGUACGAUACACAAGAAGUUCCAGAAGAAACACUACCCCAAACUCACCCUCUUUGUCAAAGAUGUCCUCAGAGUCUUCUCCAACGCCAGACAACUUUACUCUGAAGAUUCACAACGUGGCCGAUGUGCUGAUACCCUUGAGAGGUACUUUGUGGCAAAGUUGAACGAAUUCAAGCUCCGGCACGGACUUACACUAAGCUAGAAGUUAGCAGAUUCCAAACAGAUAAAUAGUACUGCAAUAAAACUGUGACGCUUCUUCUUGGGUUAUUUGCACCGAGCACGACGGGAGUAAACGAUAAAGUUUUAAGAACCAUAGUUUAAAGUUUAAAUCUUGAAAGUUUUAAAUAUUUAAUUUCAUCGCACGAUAAAGUGCGUUUUGAUAAUCACAAGUUAAACUCUGUGUAUAAUUUGCUCAGAAUAUCUGAUUAAUUUCUUGGUUUUCUGUGUUUUGAUUUACGUUGACGAACAACAGCCGAUAAAUCAAAUUAUUUUUAUUGUUACGAAGUUACAAUUAUAUGAAAUGACGGCUAA